AUUACAAUCACUUGAAGGCAACCACCAGCUUACAUAACCCAUACCAGCAAACCAGAAAAACAGAAAAACAAAAAAAAAAGGUAGAAGGCAUGGCAACCUCAACUAUCCAACAAUCUGCAUUUGCUGGGCAGACCAUCUUGAAGCCCCAGAAUGAGCUCGUCCGCAAGUUCGGUGGCAACGGAGGCCGUGCUUCGAUGCGUCGCACUGUCAAGAGCGCCCCUCAAAGCAUAUGGUACGGUCCUGACCGUCCCAAGUAUUUGGGUCCCUUCUCAGAGCAGACCCCAUCAUACCUUACUGGAGAGUUCCCUGGUGACUACGGUUGGGACACUGCUGGACUAUCAGCAGACCCUGAAACCUUCGCUAAGAACCGUGAGCUCGAGGUGAUCCACUCUAGGUGGGCAAUGCUUGGUGCCCUGGGAUGUGUAUUCCCUGAAAUCCUGUCUAAAAACGGUGUCAAAUUCGGCGAAGCUGUGUGGUUUAAGGCUGGAUCACAAAUCUUCCAGGAAGGUGGACUUGACUACCUAGGCAACCCAAACCUGAUCCAUGCCCAAAGCAUCCUUGCUAUCUGGGCUAGCCAAGUAGUCCUUAUGGGUUUGAUCGAGGGCUACCGUGUUGGUGGUGGGCCAUUGGGUGAAGGGCUCGACAAGCUCUACCCAGGUGGAGCUUUUGACCCACUUGGUUUGGCAGAUGAUCCAGAGGCCUUUGCUGAGCUCAAGGUUAAGGAGCUCAAGAACGGAAGAUUGGCUAUGUUCUCCAUGUUCGGGUUCUUCGUGCAAGCUAUUGUUACUGGAAAGGGUCCCAUUGAGAACCUCUCAGACCACCUUGCUGACCCAGUGGCUAACAAUGCCUGGGCCUUUGCCACCAACUUCGUUCCUGGAAAGUGAAAAGUAACUAGGAUGUAUGUAUAAUCACUUAAUGAGGAAUAGUGUGAACAAAUGUAUGUUUUCGAGUUAUGGCUGUGAACUUUGAGUUGUGCAGAUGAUGCAACCUUGUAUUUGCUGAAGCCGUGGAAUGUAAGGACUAAUUUACAACAA